AUGGUCGCGCCCGGUCCGAUCACCCCCGCGCGGCGUCGCUGCAUCGCGGCGCUCCUCCAUCGCGCGGCGACGCGCGCGCUGACGCCGCUGAAGAACAUGGGCUUCCAAGACUGGCAGUGCCGCCUCGCGGUGAUGCGCUUCGGCGGCAACGUCGACGCGGCGGUGUCGUGGCUCGUCGAAGGCGGCGCCGGGAGCGGGCGCGACGUCGAGGCUGAAGCGCGUCGGUGCGCGCUCGAGGGCGCGCCGCUGGACGUGACGCGAGAGCUCGAGUCGCUCCGGGAGGUGUACACGCUGGGGUUCGAUCAGACCUCGGUGGACGAGGCGAUCGCGGAGAAGAGCGGCGACAUGCACGCCGCGGUGUGCGGCUUGUUCACGCGAGGGCGCGACCGCGACGGCGGGGGGUACGUCUCGUCCGGCGCCGGAACGGGGACGUCGAGCGCGCACGCGCCGUCGACGCCGUCGGAGAACUCGCCUACGAACACGACGCGACGGACGUCGGGGACGAACGGGGGAGGGUCGAGCAGCGCGAGCGAGGUGGGCGACUUCUCGCACGCGCAUCCGCCGCCGCCGCUCGGGUCCGCGUCGGAGUCGAAUUCGAAUAAUUCGCAGCAGAGCGCUUACGGGCUGUUCAGCGGCGGCGGCGGCGGCGGGGGGUCCCCCGCGGUCAGUCGCAUGUCGCACCUGUUCGGAAGCGGCGCGGACGAAGACGCGACGACGCAGCAGCAGCAGCAGCAGCAGCCUCCGUCGGCGAGCGGCUCGCUCUUCAGCGGCGGCUCGCUCUUCGGGAACGGGUCGUAUUCGUUAUUCGGCGGGAACUGACGACGCGCCGGGGGGGCACUGUCGACGACGAGUCGCGCGACGACGCGCGGGAGGACGCGGGGAGGACGAACGCGAACGGAACCG